GAAAAACCAAGCGCCCGAGGACAAUGAGAUGAGCAGCAGAGGGAGAGAGACUGAGAGACUGAGAGGCAUUUACAGCGAAGCACGAAGCCGGAGAGGUCGGGGUACAGAAGUGAGCGUUUGUCACGUCGCAGAGGGGUGGAGGAGUCGUCGGUUGGCUGCUCAGUCGGGAACGCCGCGGAGACGGGGAGCUGCCCGCAGCCUGUGGAGCGAUGCAGCCCGAGGAGCUCAGCAGGACGCCGUCCGUGCGCCUGCUGCUCAUGGCGCUCGCUGCGGGGAUAGGCGGCAGUUUCCAGUGCGGGUUCAACUCCUCCUUGAUCAACGUCCCCACAAAGGAGGUGCAGACGUUCAUCAACAGCACGUUGCAGGCGCGAUACGCACAGCCCGUGAGCGACAGCACGCUCACACUGCUGUGGGCGGUCAUCGCCUCGGUGUUUGCCGUGGGCGGGCUCGUGGGGGCUCUCGUGGCCAGGCCCAUGGCGCUGCUCAUGGGGAGGAAGGCAGGCCUCCUCGCUAACAACGCGUUCGCCAUUAUCGCCGCCCUGCUCAUGGGGGUGAGCGAGGUGGCCACCUCGUUCGAGCUCAUCAUCAUCGGCCGAUUUCUCAUCGGGGUGAACUGUGGAGCGGGCCUCUGCCUGCACCCCAUGUACCUGGCGGAGAGCGCCCCCCAGCAGCAGAGGGGGACCCUGGCCAUGACCACGUCGAUGUUCCUGACGGUCGGCAUUCUGGUCGGACAGAUCGUGGGCCUGAGGCAGGUGCUUGGUGGGAGCCCCCUCUGGCCCGUGGUGCUGGCGCUGCCUGCUCUCCCUGCCAUCGUCCAGCUCCUCGUUCUGCCCUGGUUUCCCGAGAGCCCCAGAUACCUCCUCAUCACCCGCAAGGAGCCGAAGGAGGCGCUCAAAGCCCUCCGCUGGCUCCGACGGCGCUCUGUGAGCCUGCAGAGCCUGAAGCUGGAGCUGGAUGCGAUGGACGCUGAGCAGAGCCACGCGGGGUCAGGCGUCGCGCGCACCGGGAUGCUGGAGGUGCUGCGCGAGCGCUCCUCCCGCCGGCAGCUCGUCGUGGUAGUGACGCUCAACAUCACCCAGCAGCUGAGCGGCAUCAACGCGAUCUACUUCUACUCCAUCUACAUCUUCAAAGAGGCAGAGAUCGCAGAGGAGUACAUUCCCUACGUGACACUGGGAACCGGAGCGGCGGAAAUCCUGACCGCCGUGACCUGCGGAAUGAUCAUUGAUUGGCUGGGACGUCGCCCCCUGCUGAUCGCUGGCUACUCCCUCAUGGGCCUGUGCUGCAUUUUGAUCACCAUUGGACUGGCGUUACAGAAGCGUGUCCCGGCUCUGUCGUACUUCAGCAUCGCCAUCGUGUUUGCCUACAUCCUGAGCUUCGGAAUCGGCCCCGGUGGCAUCCUGAACGUCCUGCCGGCUGAGCUCUUCUCCCAUCACGCGCGCCCCACCGCCUACUCCAUCGCCGGAUGCGUCAACUGGUUGAGCUUCUUCGUCAUCGGCAUCAUCUUCCCCUUCCUUGUGAGGGCUACAGGGCCCUACUGCUUCAUCCUGUUCCUGGCGAACAGCGUGGCCGGCGGGCUGCUCGUCUGCUGCCUCCUCCCCGAGACCAAGAACCGCUCCUUCCUGGAAGUGACGGAACUCUUUGACGCGAGGAGGAGCAACUGCUACGGGAUGCUGGGCACCGCGGCGACGAGCGGCAAUGAGCAGAGCUUGGUCACAUUACCCGAGGUCGCCUCGGCCUUACAUAGAUGAGGGCGUGCUCGGGACACGAUGCUGUGGCCGCACCCCCCGCCCCCUCCCCCCAUUCCUGCCCUGCGGCCGGUCUUAAGUAGUCACUCACGGACAGCUCGCGGACAGCUCGCGUGUCCGUCUCGACAGCGGCCCGCUGGCUCGGGGAGGUCGGAGCGCUGAGCCGGCGCUGUUGAGAAGCCUGAGUUCAUACCCGGGUGGGUGGCAUCCGCCUGCCCUAAAAGCGCAUCGUGAAGUCACUCCGCGAUAGCAACACAAAAUAAAAUAAAUGUAAACAAACGUCGCAAGGCAUUGGCUGCUGCGCUCAAUCUGCACGGAACGUCGGUGACACCGCACGUGGGUGUCACCACUCGACGUCGGUGGCACCGCAUGUGACACCACACGUGACACCGCUGGACGUGGGUGACACCGCUGGACGAGAGUGCGAGGACUCCCAAUCGGUUGUCUGUCAUCACGUGACGCUGGUGCCACGUUCGGGAUGGAGCUGCACGCACCCCGCCUGCACGGGGGGGGGGAGGCGGCGUCUCCGAGUGGCCGAGCCGAGUGCAGCAUUCCCCUCCGUUUACCUCACCUGUGCGCAGGUGUGGCCUGGUGGGAGGGGGUGGAGGGGAGGGGUAAGGUGGGUGGGAGGGAGGGGGUGAGGGAAGUGUAAUGCCACGUGAGUUGACUGUGACACUUGCUAACACUCCGCGUGGAGGGGGGUGAGUGGGGGUGGUUGACUCGGGGUGGGGGCGACUCGGGGUGGGCGCCGUGCGUCGCACUCGAUGCAAGAUGCGUCAGGGAUUGUUGUUCGGUGUUCACAGCUGCACGUGUUGUUUCACGUUUCGCAACUGCACUUCCCCCUCCCCACCUCUCCUCCCCAACUCCCCUCCCCACCUCCCCUCCCCCUCCCCCACCAUCCCACGAGGGGAGGGGGGCGCGGGGGUCGGCGACCUGCGGCUUCAGAGCCGCACGCGGCCCUUUCAGGACUGCGCUUCGUGACGUAGUUUUUUAUUUUGAUGAAGAAACCACCGCGUCUCGUAUUCACAUUGCGUUUGCGCCUCCGAUGAGCGAGCAGGGUUGGCUACGUACGGCGCGGAAAAAGUUCAACGUACGGUGUGUACACACAUGGCGGCUCUUUAAAUAUUGAGAGGGGGGGGGGAUUUUUUACCGAAUAAAAAUCAAAUAGAUUCCUUUUGUUUUGGUUGCCGACCCCUGACCUCGGGGGUUACCUCUGGUGGGGGUGUAAUUGGAUCGUGCCCGGCGUGGGCACGACAACGAGGCUACGUGCGAGACGUGGGAUCCGUGGGUGACACGGCGGCUGACGUGGCACCGUGCUGUGCCCGGCCCUGAUUCGCCCCACCCCCCCGGGGAAGUGGGAUUCGGGGCCGGGUGCGUUCCGCAGUGGGCGCUCCCAACCCCCCCCCCCCCCCCACUCUGGGCUGUGCCCCCCCCCCUACUCUGGGCUGUGCCCCCCCCUUCUCCCCUCGCGAUCAGCUGAGCAGAGUUUGGCUGGCACAGCCUGGCAGCCCUCGCCAUACGUCACCUGAAAAAGAAGCUCCCACCCUCGUGAAUAAUCUCACGACGUCACUCGCUCCGAGUAGUCGAUCCUCUCUCUGCCUGCCACGAGUUACCGCCUCUGGGCACUUUCAUCGAACCGCUCCUUCCAGUUUGUUCACUUUGCGAUACGAGCGCAGCACAACCCCUCCCCCCGCCGCCACCAAUGUGUAGGUGCGUGUAUGCAUGCUGAACUUCGUUCGCACCGUUCGUAUUAGAAUGCAGUGUUCAUACUGGAGGAAUCCGAUGAGCUAUCAAGCUCUUUUUUCACAGAUGUCCGGUAGCGAACCGCGCUCGUUCGGAGUUGUAUGGUUGGUUGCUUGGGAUCGAGGCAGUCGGCGAGCACCUGUUGGUGUCGAAACAUCGCCGGAGCUUGGGAAGUGGCCAGCAAAUCGUACCUACCACGCCUGUUUGAUGGCCAGCUGUUGGCUGGCCAUCAAACAAAGGCGGUCACGGCAUCGCGCGCGAGCUCAGAUGCGCUUCUGCGGCCGUCUGGAACGCUCUUCCUUCCGAUAUUAGGAAGCCACUGGGCACCACCGAUUUGCACGGUUGGCUACGUACGGUGCGAACGAAGUUCAACAUAAUGUACACAUAAUCGGGAGAGUAAUCAAUUGCUUAAAUGCUCGUUACGUGCCAGCUGUAAACAGGAACACGUGGGCGGCAAACUAGCAUUGGGUCUCACGAUUUCGAGUGUUCGGGGGUUAGAAACUGGAAUUUCGUGUUUUUACUGGCGGCGCCCGCCGAUCGUGGGUCCCUGUUCUGGGUCCUUUAGCAAACGAGUCUCUCGAGAAGUGGUUCUUCAC